UUUUUCUCCGAAGUUCAGGCAGCGCUGCGUGCUACUGAAUUUGAGGUCCUACGGUUGCUCGGUGAUGACGUGUGCUUCCUGGCUGUACUUUCAUCUCGUGAAUAAAACAGAAACUUUUACACAAAUAUAAAUAAUAAAUAUAUUAAUUUGGUUAAUCUCUGUUUAACUGUUGUAUACGUGGGUUGUGGCAGAAAUGGAGACGCUUUAUCACCAGACAAAUAAACAGAUCCAUGAGGUGCAGUCCAACAUGGGGUGUCUGGAGACAGCAGACCGGCAGUCUGUGCACUUGGUGGAGAAUGAGCUCCAGGUACGAAUAGACCAAAUCUUCAGCAAUCUGGAACGGUUAGAGAUCCUGGCUAGCAAGGAGCCACCAAACAGACGACAGAACGCCAAACUCCGAGUGGACCAGUUGAAAUAUGACGUGCAGCACUUGCAGUCGGCACUGCGCAGCUUCCAGCACCAGCUCUAUGCUCGCAGCGCUCAGGAACGUGAGAGAGACGAGCUGAUGGCCAGGACAUUCACCACCAAUGAUGCAGACACCUCCAUCCCAAUUGACGAAACACUGCAGUAUAACUCCUCUCUGCACAGCACUCACCGGGGCAUGGACGAGCUCCUGGGCAGCGGGAGCAGUAUUUUGCACGGCCUGCGCGAGCAGAGGAGCACACUCAAGGGCACACACAAAAAGAUGCUGGAUGUGGCAAACAUGCUGGGGCUGUCCAACACGGUGAUGCGGCUUAUUGAGAAACGGGCCUUCCAGGACAAGUUCAUUAUGAUCGGGGGCAUGGUGGUCACCUGUGUGGUCAUGUUCCUGGUAGUGAAGUACCUCUCCUGAACUGGGCUCACUCCCUCUCCCACUACAGCCUGCCCCACCUGUUUUAUAUCAUCUCUCUACUGCUGGCAGCCAAUCACAGCUGUCACAGCGAUAAGGCAUCCAAUCAACUCAAGGAAACCAUUACCUCUUCCCUGGAUUUACAUUUCACCCAAUGAGGAGUUUUGAUUACCCAAUGUAGUAAAAUCUAAUGGAGCCACGGCACAGCCAUCGUCUGGUAAAGGUUCUUGAUGUUAUUUCACAGGUGGUUUUCAAGCUGAUCCAUAAACAGUAAGUAGCGCGGCAAGCUAUGUUGCCAACUUUUCUCUGGACUAGAACACCAUGUAUUAUACAAGAACAAGAACAUGAAGAAAAAAAAAAUAACCUGCCAUCUGUAACUGCAAAACUGUUAGUGUGGCUUUUACACAUCAGCAGAGCUUCUCUAAAAACAGUGAUUCUCCUGGAGUGGGUGUGUGGAAUGUAUAUCAAGUAAUUACCUAAUGGCAUCCUGGAUGAAUUUCCAAGAGAAAUAAGUGGAAACUGGCACAUUUGCAUUUGUAAAAAUAAGUUAUUACGUACUCCCUUUGCAAAACAUUUACACUUAGUACCUUGCUUACCAUAUUAUUUCUGAUGAAAGUGGCCAAAUAAUGACCAGGCCGAGCUGGUGACUAGGCUGGUUUAUGUCUACUUGAGAAAAUGUGCUGUCCAACUGAUCUAAAGGGGUGCCAAGUGAUAGGAACACGUUUGAAUAUUGUAGAUUUUCUCAUCUGUUCUAAAUACAAACAUGGAGUGAACAAAAUGUACUGGGUAGGAUGGUUCUCUUACACUAUUUAGACUGAGGGCUACUGGUUUGGAUACAUUGGUCUUGUGCUGAUAUAUUAAAAGAUAGAGCCCAGUACAUCAGUGGAUAGACCUGGGGUAUAAAGCUACAUUUGCAUGUUCCUAACUACUCGGGCAGCUUUGUGAAACGUGAACCACCUCUAACUGGUGCUCUUACUGACUUUAAAUAGUAAAGCCUAUGCAAGAUCGGGCACAUUUGCUACAGGCCAGUGGGACUGGGACACACAUGCAUCACUGAGCUGUAAUCAGCCCAAAAUCUCCUGGCUGCCCACUGCCUGAGCUGCUAGGCCAUUCCUGAUCUCCUUGGCUGUUUCUCCAGAGUAACAAAACCUCCCAGGCUCUAGUGACCUCGGACAACAUUGCAGAGGGGAUGUACAAUUUAGAGAACAGUACGGCAGAGCCUUUUACCCAGGGCCCUACUUUCUGUACAGUAAAUUGAAGUACUUGCAUCACUGUAGCUUAAUGCUUUGUCAGAAACAGAGGUCUCUGUUUAAAAUUGAACUCCUGACUUUAGUAAAUCAUUUAUUAUAUACUUCUGUCUGUUUUGUUGGCACAAAGUGUUGUAAGCAUGAUUCCUUUGUAGAUUAUUGGUGAUGAACAGUUUCAUUAAUAUCUAGCUUAUUUAAUAAAAACAGACUUUAAAUAAAGCUUUAUCACUAGUACCCAGGAAGACUCAAUAGCCUUACAUGAAUGAGGGGGAAUGGACCAAAACCAGGUAGAGUUUUCUAUCAAUUGCAGUAACCUUUAAAAUACUUGCAUACUUCUUGAUCCGACCAAAUCGUCUUUGUACUAAUUUCAAUUUUACUAAGCAUGAUUAGUUCGACAGUGCAACUUCAUUUAUAAUCACUCAUGAAAUAAAUAAGCUGUGUGUUGAGAUAUCAAUUUCAGCUUUGUUGUGGUGGUUUGCUUGCUUGUGGUGAAACCUCUUACUGACUGUUAUAGUAAGGCCUGUGCCAGAGUGCUUGUAGCCCAGUGGAUCUUGGUGAAUUUUUCUGCAUGCACCAUUCAAUAUAUAAUGAAUCCAUAUAGCCACAGACUUCCAUAUUUCACAAUACACUUUGGCCUUUAUUAAAUCUACUUGGUACAUAUUUUGUAUCAUAUACAAAAAAUGAUGAUCUUGUUUUUUUGUAAAUAUUUCAUUAUAAAACAGUUUCAAAGACACAUGCCAGCAUGAUUUAAGGCUGUGAUGCUGUAUCAGUACACCUCACAGACAAAUGAGUUUUAUUGCUGCCUUGCAGUACCUAUAGAGGGUCCUGCUGAAUUAGGGAAUACAAAGACCAAGGUGGUGGGAGAAGGGGGAAGCUAUGAGGUAAAAUACUUUCAUUUUUUAUUUUUAUUAAUUUGUAUUCUUAUUGAUUGUGUAACAACUCAGUGUGGGAUACCUGUGAUUUUAAGCCCUUUCUGUUGGGAGCUGAGCUGUGCAUUAAAUAAAUAAAAUGACUGCUA